GGGUGGUGCUCAGCGGUGGUGCCUUUUCAAGUCCCCAGUUGCUCAUGGCGAGCGGAAUCGGCGACGCGGAAACCCUCACCACCCUGCACCAGGCCGGUAGACUGGAUGAUCUGGAGAUCUCUGACUGGAUCAACAACACCGCCGUUGGCGCAGGCCUCUUCGAUAACCCGAAUACCUUCAUCGAGCUGCGGUCCCCCAACGUCACCAGCUACACCUACUCAUACGACAACCCCGUCGCCGCAGACAAGCAGCUCUACCUCGACACCCGCUCGGGACCCUACAGCUUCGCCUCGCAGACGAGCGUCUUCUGGCGGUAUGCCCAACACGACGAUGGAUCUGUCACCGGGCUGCAGGGCACUAUCGACAGUUCGGGUUACAGUGACUUCACGGACGAGCACACCAUCACUCUGAACAUUUAUGGCACGUCCGGCCUGAAAAGCGUUGGUCGAGUGGUGCUAGACGAGAACUUCAUCGCUAAGCCCACUGACAAUGUGUAUUACAGCGACCCGCAAGACGCGGCCGACAUCGCGGCUUUCAUCCGGGAGCUCUUCGACGCUCUGCCUUCCGAAGGGUCGGAAGGAGCGGGGCUGACCCCGUUGAAUAUCGCCCAAAAUGCGACGGUGGAGGAGAUUAGUGCCUACGUUACAACGAUGAGUGAUUAUGCGAAGGGCAGUGUGAACCAUUGGAGUAGUAGCUGCAGGUUGGAGAGUUGUGUGGAUGGGGAGGCCAAGGUGGUGGGCAUGGACAAUUUGUAUGUUGUCGAUGGGAGUAUUGUGCCGCCACUGACGGUCAAUCCGCAGAUGGGGAUUAUGAUCGCAGCGGAGAGAGCGAGCGAGUUCAUUUUGGGGGCUUGGAGCGCUUGAGAUGAACGUUGGCGGAAAAUAUAGUAAACAUAGUAAUGAUAUAAUAGUUCGGUG